AUGCCUAAACGUAAAUGCAUAUUCACUGACGCCCUAAAGGAAGAAUAUACAUUUUUAAAAUUGUGUGAACGAGUUGGAAAUGAUGGAAAAAUCGAAUGUAUUAGUUGCGGUGCAAUUUUCAGUAUUGAUCAUGGUGGUAAAUCUGACAUAAAACAACAUAUUGGCACCAAACGUCAUAAAUUAGCUGAAGAAUCAAGCAAAAUUAAGAAAUUUAAUGCAUUCUUUGGAAAUAAAAGGUUUGUCGCUGCUGAUAAAUUAGUUUAUAAAAAUGAAGGUACUUGGGCUUAUCAUGUUUGCAAACAUAAUCAAAGUUUCUCAUCAAUGGAUUGUACGUCGGGUUUACUUCGUAAAAUGUAUGACAGUAAAUUUACUUGUGGUGCUACUAAAACGCAAGCAAUAAUUGUAAAUGUAUUGUUUCCUUAUGCAAUUAACUUAAUAAAAAAUCAAUUAGAUGCUGCUAGUUUUGUAACAGUUAUGAUUGAUUCGUCUAACCACAAAGACCUAAAAAUUAUUCCAGUUUUAGUACGAUAUUUUUUGCCGGAAACAGGUAUAAAAACUGUUAUAAUAGAAUUUGCUGAUCUACCCGGGGAAACAGCUGUACAAUUAACAAACUAUGUUUGUGAAUUGUUAAAGACAUGGAAAAUUGAAAAAAAAAUAAUUGCAUUAUCAGCAGAUAAUACCAAUACAAAUUUUGGAGGUGUACUUAGACGAGGAAAAAAUAAUCUUUUCACUCAUUUAAAUGGUAAUGUUGAAAAUUAUAUUAUUGGAAUCGGAUGUUCAGCGCACAUAUUAAAAAACGCCAUUCAAAUAUAA